AUGGCCAAUUCGAGCACACUAGCACACAAGUCUCACCAGCGCCCCACCAACAGUCCCGUCCUGGUUAGCCCGACCCGAAUGUCUAUCAGGGUGAUGAGCAUCAUCGCAGUGUUGAUCACCACCAAGCAACAGAAGCUUCAGUAUGGCCAAUGGGGCAUCCAAGGUCACCCAGCUGGCUUCGAUGGUUCGAUGAGCGAGCAGGCUUACUCGCAAGUUGACCCUCAGCUUCACCCAUUUCGUCCCCUCGGUGUUGAGGGACAACAUUCGCGCCUUUUUGAGCCUUUCUCAUUGGAUCCUGACCUACUUCACCAAAACGAUUACGCUCGGGAAUACGAUUAUGGCACGGCACAAGCCGAACACCAUGAGAGGCGCAGGAGGGCAAAGGGCAAGAAAGAAGAAGCGGGAGAAGACAGGAGAAAGGGGAAAGGAAAGGACAAGAAACAAAGCCCUGAUCAAAGCCAAACCUCGUCAUCUACGUCAUCUGGAGAGUCGCACGACGAACCAGCCUGGGCCGACUAUUAUCCCAUGGAGCCAAUGGAAUGGACUUCCAGGCCACACGAACCCCCCAUCGACGUCGACACUAUGAUUAAGAAGCGUUUUGAAUUUUUGCGAAAGUCCGACGCCUCUCUGCGCGGCCAACUGGGCCUACCUAACCGAUCGAAGCAUGACACUCUUUUCCGCUUGUUCGCAAAGGAUUGCCAUUUUUCGCGUGACUGGAGACCCGUGCAUCCAAGAACGCAAGUUGAAUUCGAGAGAGACCGCAACAUUGCUAAGCUGCUUGUGGAAGAUGCCCGUAGACUAUUGGAGAGACCUGAUGAGCCGCCAGAGAUGAUAAAAUUGUGCCAGGAGGUGACAACAGCAUUUGACAAGGCCAAGGACAAGUGGGGUGAUCAUGCCGCCAUUAAGCGAAGAAUCCAAGGCCUGCCCAGCGUAGAAGAACAAAAGAGGAUGGAGCAGAUCCUAUAUAAACACCCAGUGAAAGAGCAGCUGGAAUCGGGAGAAAAGAUUGACGCGGGACCGAAAGGAGCAGGCGAGACUUUCGACUUCGCACUCAUCAUCACAAAGCGACGGGACAAAUGCCUUCAAGGUAAGCGGGACGCUCAGCAUAAAAGGAGGCAUAUCGAAAAUGCGAGACGUCGUUCUCGGCGAGCGGCUCGCUCGCACGCCUCUGCUGAAGAGUAA